AUGGCGCUUUCUAACGGAGAACUUACAAGAGACCGUCUUGAGGAGUGGUUACAAGAGCUCUGCGACCGGACUGAUGAUUCCCACUUGAUUUCCAGUUUCUUUACCCAUGAGGGGCCUGAAAAUAUGUCGGGGACUCCGAAAACGGUUGCUUUUGCAGGCACGGAGCCAUCUUCAUACAUCGAGUCUAAAACAAAAACCCUUGAAACGCUCUCCCCGUUGGACUCCCUCUCGAAUCACCCCACUCCACAAUGGUCCAUACCACGCUCCGGUCAAAGCUCCCGGGGUCGCUACGGUUCGGAAUUCACGAAAUCUGCCAUAGCGCGCAUGGCUGGAGACAAUCCCGGAGAUGAGUGUUGGAUGUGCAAUAUCGACCGUGCUAUUCAACAUUGCCAUGUCAUCGGAAUAGCAGAUAGACAGUCCAAGAGAUGGAUUGCCGCUAAUGCAUUUCCUCCGAACUUCCAGCACAGGGAUUCCUCCAAUGGAAUAAUCAUGUGCGCAAACUGCCACGGUUCCUUCGACGACGGUUUCGACCCCGGGCUUGCGUUUUUCCCAGCUGAUCUCAACUACUUCAUCGAAUACGAAAAGCGUGAUGCAGAGGAGCGCAAUGCAUCAGAGAGAGCUCGUCAAGUCCCCACGGCAGAAGAAUACCGCCAAUAUCAAGUGGAUCAACAGAAAGUCCCGCCUAGUGCGAAAGGUGGGCUUUAUCGUAAAGUUUACUUCAGUUUGAAGUCGAAUGGAGACCCAAAUCCCAAUGCCCUGAAGACUUGGCACGGGGAACCGAUGUACGCGAUACGCCGUGCGAUCCAUGUACUCGGCACUGUUCAGUCCAACAUGCUCCCCCGAGAGAUCCGCGAGCAGCUUGUUGAGCUUCAACAACUUUACUUUUUCAAUGACAAGAUGCAAGGUCCUGAUGCGAGAAUUGCAGCCCCCAAUCGAGAGAUGACGGAACUUGAACCACCCAGAAAUACCUUAGUCGAUGACUUUCCGGACUUCGGUAAUUCAGGGAUGAAACCUCCAUUCAAGAGACACAUGGCGAAUGAUUUCGGAGAGAAAAGUGUGGACGAUAAUCCGAGCCCAACAAAGCGAUCAAGGCACGGUUGA